AUGGUCUUUGAAGCUGUAGAGGCUCUGAAUGAUCGGAGAGGCGUCUCUCUGCAUUCUAUCAAGAAAUAUCUCCGGGACAACAAGAAAGUCGACGCCGAAGCAAAGGCUCUCUCCAUCAAGAAACAUCUCAAAGCGUUUGUGGAGGAAGGAAAACUUGUUCAAGUAGCAGGCACGGGCGCGAACGGGACCUUCAAGAUUCCUGGAAAGAAGACCACUUCACAGAAGGCGUCCACAUGCUCCAAGGUCAUCACCAAAGUUGCGAGCAGACCGAAGAUUGGAAAAAUACUAUCGGGCCAAAAAGAGCAGAGUUUUAGGAAUUUAACGAAUAUGCACCAGAGAGUAUCAAAGAAGGCUUUGAAAGGAAAGAUGGAUGAUACAAUUUUUAAGCAUAGUUCAGUAAUGAACAAGAAACUGGUCAUAAUACUUCGCGAGUUUACUGCAGUGCUAUCAAAUGCUACAAGCUUGGACGCAUUUCCCCUUCCUCCCGCAGCCACAUCUCGUAAAAGUCCAUCUCAUGUUCUUGUUUACUUAGACCCUCAGGCAUGA